AUGGCUUCCAACGUUAUCCCGAACCUCGCUGCCAGCAACCGGGCCAAGUUCGCCAUCAAGAGCUACAGCGUGGAGCAUGGCUACCCGUCUAAACGACGCUCGUUGCUGGACGACGCCAAGUUCGAGACGCAGAAGCACAAGGAAGCGGAAGAAGUACGCAGGCAGGCCUCCCGGGACUCGCAAGACACCAUAGACUCGCUCCUGGAAGACGUCUACUUCGAGGAUGUGUUGUCCGGGGGAAAGGACCAGACGGCCAGCGUGGUGUUCGGACUCAGAGACGGGGUGGAAAGUCUCGCAAAGAUACUCAAGGAAGUGGAUGACUGCGGCGGUAAGGUGAACCACCUGGAGACACGCACCUCGAAGCAGCCGAACCAGACGCACGAAGUGUUCGUCUCCAUGAACAUCAGCCGUGACCAGCUGCUCGGUCUGGCAAAGGCGCUGGCGCUCAACACCCUGGCGGACAUGCGAGUCAUCAAGGACUUCUCUUCCGCUAUGGCCGGCGACAUCUGGUUUCCGCUUCACAUCUCAGACCUUGACUUCUGCACCCACGUCUUGACCAAGUUUGAGCCCGACCUGGACAGCGAUCACCCCGGAUUCUCUGAUCCUGUAUAUCGCACCCGUCGCAAGCACAUAGCGCAGAUUGCCUUCGACUAUAAGUUUGGACAGCCGAUUCCCAGAGUCGCUUACACUGCCGACGAAGUCAAGACUUGGGGCAUUGUGUACACGGGUAUGAAGGCCCUUGUGGACACGCACGCGUGUCAGGAGUUUGUCGACGCCCUCAACACUCUGGAGAAAGAGCUGCACUACGGACCGGACAGUAUACCGCAGCUGGAGGACGUGUCCAACUUCCUCAAGCGUCGGAGCGGCUUCACCUUGCGCCCUGCGUCAGGUCUACUGACGGCGAGAGAUUUCUUGGCCAGCCUCGCCUUCCGGGUGUUCCAGUGCACGCAGUACGUGAGGCACAGCUCAGCACCGCAGCACUCGCCGGAACCAGACUGUAUCCACGAGCUGAUUGGCCACGUCCCGAUGUUCGCCGACCCCCUGUUCGCCCAGUUCUCUCAGGACAUUGGCCUGGCUUCGCUGGGCAUCUCGGACGAGAACAUCGAAAAGCUGGCCACGCUUUACUGGUUCACUGUGGAGUUUGGACUGUGCAAACAGAAUGACCAGAUACGGGCCUACGGUGCAGGACUGCUGUCUUCUGUUGGCGAGAUACAGCACGCACUGUCAGGAAAACCGGCCAUUUUGAACUUCGAUCCCGAAGUGACGGCGGUCCAAAAGUACCAGGACCUCGAGUACCAGGACACCUAUUUUCUCGCCGAGAGCUUCGAGAGUGCCAAAGAAAAGCUGAGACAAUACGUCGCCAAGGGCGGUUUCCGGCCCUUCGAAGUGAGCUACGACGCGUACCGACAGUGCGUCGUGGUCCUGGAUUCUCCGAGAAAGCUCAUGGGCCUGGCCGACACCCUCCGAGCCGAGAUCAACUCGCUUACCAACGCGCUUGACAAGAUGAAGUGGAAAUGAACUUCCCGUUCGUGUACACCGCAACCAGCACCACCCGUACUCCGC